AUGAAAAUAACCAAUAACCACAUACUCAUCCCAUCAUUCCUAACCCUCCUCCUAUUCAUAAACGCCUCCCGCGCGGCCGGCCCACCGCAAGAAGCUCCUCUCGUGCUCAGCUGCGGCUCCACAGCCAGCACAAAAGAUGCCGACGGCCGCACGUGGGAGCCCGACGAGAAAUACCUCGUGGGCGGCCCCACCUCCGGCAGCUCGUCUCCCGCCAAAGCCGACGUUCAAGACCCUUCCCUACCAUCCAACAUCCCUUACAUGACGGCCCGAAUCUUCCAAUCCGAGGCCACGUACCAAUUCCCCCUCCGAAACUCCACCGCCCGUACCCUCCUCCGCCUCCACUUCUACCCGUCCUCUUAUCCGAACCUCAACAUCUCCAACUCCUACUUCUCGGUUAUUGCCGGUGGCUUCACCCUCCUCACCAAUUUCAGCGCCUCGUUAGCCGCCGAGGCCCUUUCCCAAGCCUACUUCAUCAAGGAAUACUAUUUGCCUCCGCCCCCGGAAAAUGCCCCACCUGUGCUCAACGUCACGUUACGCCCGUCCAACCCGCAACCCGCCCCGUCAUUCGCCUUCCUCAAUGGAGUCGAGGUGAUUUCCACGCCGCCUCUAUUCGACGAGGACCCGACGCUGGCCGGCUCGGCCAGCGGCGGAGAUUCCGACACGGCCGUCACGGUCUCGGUCGGGAGCCGGAGCAUGGAGGCCGUGUACAGACUGAACGUCGGGGGACAGUUUAUUGCCCCGAUGAAUGAUUCGGGAGGGCUCAUGCGUAGCUGGUAUGAUGAUAGCGUGUAUAUAUAUGGCGCAGGCCGCGGGGUUGCCGUGCAGGCCAACACAACGGUCGGGUACAAGGGGCUCCCGUCCUACGUGGCGCCGCUCGACGUAUACGGUACGUACAGGUCGAUGGGCGCGUUCGUCGACGUCAACCGCAACUCCAACCUGACGUGGGUCUUCCAGGUGGACCCCGGUUUCAUGUACUUGCUCCGCUUCCACUGGUGCGACUCGGAGAUGACCAAGCCCAACCAGAGGGUUUUCGACGUGUUCAUCAACAACAGGACGGCGGCGAGCGAGGUCGACUUGUACGCGUUGACCGGGUCCACAGCGACCCCGACGAAAAAAGAUUACGUCGUCCAGGUCAGCAACAAGACCGAGAGCGAUAGCCAGUUGUGGUUGGCACUACACCCGACGGACAAGACCAAGGCGGAGUUCGCCGACGUGCUCCUCAACGGGCUCGAGGUGUUGAAGCUCAGCGACUCGAAAUCGAGCCUCGCGGGUCCUAACCCGACCAUCUCGGACAUGAUGAGGAAGUACCAAGAAGCUCAGCUGGCACCCAAGGCGUUUGGAAGCCCGGAAGGCGGAAGCGGAAUCUCGACGAUACUCGUGACGAGCGCGGCCGGGGGAGCCGCCGCCGUCGGGGUUGCUGCCGCCAUAUUCCUCUUCACGUACACGAGGCAGCGGAGGAACGCGAAGGGAGACGCGUACUCCACCUGGCUCCCGAUCUCGUGGAACUCCGGAUCGACGAGCCAGGGCGGCGGCAGCGGGAGCGGCGUCGGCGGGGCAUCGAUCUCGACAGACGCCGCCAGCAACUGUCGAUACUUUAGCUUGGCGGAGAUCCGGAACGCGACCAAGAAUUUCGACGAGUCGAACGUGAUUGGGGUGGGUGGGUUCGGGAAGGUCUACAAGGGGGUGUUGGAUGGGGACAUGAAAGUGGCGAUCAAGAGGUCGAACCCGUCGUCCGAGCAAGGAGUUAACGAGUUUCAGACGGAGGUUGAGAUGCUCUCCCGACUCAGGCAUAGGCACCUCGUGUCCUUGAUCGGGUUCUGUGAAGACAACGGGGAGAUGAUCCUCGUGUACGACUACAUGGGGAACGGGACCCUCAGGGAGCAUAUCUACAAGGGGAACAAAAUCACGCUGACGUGGAAGCAGAGGCUCGAGAUCUGCAUCGGGGCAGCACGCGGGCUCCACUACCUCCACACGGGAGCUAAGUACACCAUCAUUCACAGGGACGUCAAGACCACCAACAUCCUAGUAGACGACAAGUGGGUUGCCAAAGUCUCCGACUUUGGGCUUUCCAAGACAGGGCCCAACAUGAACCAGGGAGGCCACGUCAGCACAGUCGUCAAGGGCAGCUUCGGGUACCUCGACCCUGAAUACUUCCGCCGGCAGCAGCUGACCGAGAAAUCGGACGUCUACUCGUUCGGAGUCGUGCUUUUCGAGGUCCUCUGCGCGCGGCCCGCGCUCAACCCGAGCCUGCCCAAGGAGCAGGUGAGCCUGGCCGACUGGGCCCUCAGGUGCGCCAGGAACAACACUAUUCACGACAUUAUUGAUCCCCAGCUCAAAGGCAAAAUAAGUCCCGAGUGCCUGAAGAAGUUCACCGACACGGCCGAGAAGUGCCUGGCCGACCAUGGGGUUGACCGGCCCACAAUGGGGGAUGUCCUCUGGAACCUCGAGUUUGCGCUUCAGCUACAUGAGAACCCGGAAGAUAAAAGGGAUGGCUUGAGUAAAACGGGCAGUGUGGAUCUUGAGAGCAUUGGUGAAGAAAAGAUUGACCAUAAUAGCCUCAUUGCCAUGCACCGAAGCAUGUUGAGCCUCACGGAUGAUGAUCACGAUACGCGGGCAAAGGACGAUGAUAAUGCCGGUGAUAUAUUCUCUCAGAUUGUCAAUCCCACAGGCCGGUGA